GAGAUGCCGAACCCCUGUCAAGGUUGCGGCAGUUAGAGACUUUUAACUAGAAGAGGGGAGAAGGAUCCCAGCUCACUUGGAUCUUCGGGCAGAAAAGUCCUUUGAGUUCUCUUCCAGGUGGAGUUGCCCCCUCCCACCGGCGAGAUGGGAAGCUCAACUCGAGCGGGAUUUUCUUGAGCAAAGAUCUUCCGCUGCACGCAGGCCAUAUUGAUAAUCCCAGGAAGCCCUGGGCAGAAGCAUCUCCGCAGAGGCGCCUGUUGGAUGGGAAAAUGCAGGAUGGUAACAAAAAAGAAGGCAGUCAAGCACAGAGCGCAGAACCAGCUGCUCGGCCACAUCUGGAUCCGUUAAGACGCUUUGUGGUGUUCUUGGAAAGUUUUGCACCCCUUGUGAAUUCUCUGAAUCUUGGCAUUGCCAGCCCACUUCUGUGGGGCCCUUUGCAGCUUGCUCAGUUUAAGACCCAGUUGGCUCUUCAUCAGUUGAACUCUGUUGCUUCACAUAAUUCUGUAGUAUCUUCUGCCUUAUUAAAUGAGGCAUUCCUGAAGAUUGCCAUGUUUAACCGUAGAGGAAAUAUGCAUCCGAGGCCAAGGGGACCUAGUUCAUCUGACGCAGCCCCACGUGAGCCUUUUCGGGGGCCUGGACAGCCCCCGCCUGGACCUCGCCAUGGAAUGCCCCAGCAAUUCAUGGGAAGAGAAAUGGGGCCAGGAUUUCCAAGGCCAGAUGUUCAGGUCACUCAACACAGAAUGGAUCCAAGACAGGCAAGGGGAAGGAGAAAUCAGCAGAAGGACGAAGGCCAUGCUGCUCACUGGGACGAUAACCAGUUUCCACGUGGGAACAGUAGCCAGAACCCAGGAAGGCUUGCGGAUCCUAACACGAAUAUUCCAGGCCGUUACACAAACGAGAGUGCUUCAAGUAUCUUGGCAAGCUUUGGAUUAUCUAAUGAAGACUUGGAAGAACUUAGUCGCUAUCCAGAUGAUCAACUCACACCGGAAAACAUGCCAUUAAUUUUGCGGGAUAUCCGAAUGCGCAAAAUGGGCAGUCAGUUGCCUGGUUUACCUGCUCAGAGCAGGGAGAAUGAAACCUUCUGCAGCGAUGACGGACGUAGUUCGGUGGUGAAGAGCAAAGUGAUUGAUUAUGGGCAUGAAAGCAAGUAUAGCUAUUCUGAAGGUCCCCUUGAAGUCAAAGUGUAUGAGUCUGGCAUAGCGCCUGAGGGGACCAUGAAAGGGUUUCAGGCUCAGCAGACAGGUCCUGUUCCUGCUGCUCCUUCCGUUGUAGCCAGUAAUCCAAUCAACGCUGUAGAACAACUGAUACGACAAAUGGGGUUUCAGAGAACUACGCCAAAUCCCCAGAACUUUUUUGUCAUGAAUCCUGGCUUAUGUCUGCCUUCAGCGAUACCUGGGGUACCCCCAACAGUCCUGCCGGUUCCACCCGUGAUGCCCCCCAUGGGCCUCUUACCUCAGCCUGUGAUGCCUCCUGUUCAGCAGCCACUGCCUCCGCCCCCUGUCGCUCAGUCCAUGAUGCACCCAAUGAACCAGCCGCCACCCCCCUUCAUUCCUGAAAUGCUCGAGGCGGUAAACAGGCGCAACAGGAUUCAGCCUGAACCUAGGGCUAAACCUCCCAAUCCCCCCCCUCGACUUACAGGUGGUAAGAAGCAUUUCCAGAAAGUGAACGAAGAGCCCAUCGAAUCACCUUUUGGUGUGGUCAAAGCCUCUUGGCUUCCAGUUUUUUCAGAAGCAGACGCGCAGAAGUUGAAAAGACUGCCUACUCCUUCUAUGAUGAACGAUUACUACGCCGCCUCUCCAAGAAUAUUUCCACAUAUGUGUUCUCUGUGUAAUGUAGAAUGUAGACACUUGAAGGAUUGGAUUCAGCAUCAGAAUGCCAAUACCCAUAUUGAAAACUGUCGUCAGCUUCGCCAGCAGUACCCUGACUGGAAUCCUGAGGCUCACUCCUCAUCAAAAAGGCGUAAAGGUGACAGACAGGAGACUCAUAUUCCAAGACGACAUUCUGCCAGUCCUAGCCCAAAACGUUCAAGACGCUCAAACUCUAGCCAUGGCAGGCAUCGGGCACGAUCCAGGAGCCCUGGAUACCACAUGGCCAAUUGGCCAAGAAGUCGAAGCCCAAGACGCCUUCCCAGUCCCAGACAUAGGUCACGGUCUCCAUGGCGACCUUUUAAUUCUGGCGCACAGCCUCCAAGAUCUUCCAGUAAGGAAAGAGGAUCAGGAAGAUCUACUGGAUCUUCAGAAAAGGCCUUGGAAGAGGUAGUGAAAUGUUUGGGGCCCAGUUUUGUCCAUCAGUUCAAUAAACAGAAAUUGCAACAAGAUGCGAGCCGGGGGACCUCGGGACCAAGGAGAAUGCCCCCUGAGUCAGAGCAGACCCUUGGGGGUGUGAAGAAAGGGAGUGGUCCUCCUGUUCCUCAGAAAAGUUCCAAGAAGGACUCGCUUACUCAUCACGGCCCGUCUGAUGUUAAAGCAAAGCUGCCCGAGGGUGGUGGUGUUCCGAAUAAAGGAGGAUUGGCUGCGGAAGACAAAAACAAGACAUUGCCCCAGGGUGCCCCAGCAAAGGAUACAGGUGUUGCCCUUCUCCCUUACCACAGGCUUCUGUCCAAAAAACUCCAGGGUUGUGGUACGGUUCUUUGUAUAUCUGAUCUACCAGAUGAUGGUUAUACAGAUCAAGAUAUUAAGAAAAUUGUUCAGCCCUUUGGAAAAGUUAAUGACCUCUUGGUGGUUCGUUCUAGAAAUGAGGCCUACCUAGAAAUGCACUAUAAAGAAGCGGUAAUAGCAGCUAUCAAAUAUGGCGAAACAGUUCCCGUUUUGGUUAGUGGAAGGCGUGUGAAAAUAAGCCUAGCAGAACCUCCCAGCCAGCCGCAGAACGAAGAGACGAGAGCUGCACAGAAUGUCAAGAAGCCUCCACUGAAUACAAAGAAAGAGAAGACUAACCCUGAUCCUAAAACACCUAAAACAGCUGUGAUCUCCACUGAAUCACCGGACAGCCACACCAGAAUUUGGAUCGUUGGCCACAGUGUGGUACACUUGGCUGGUGUGUAUGCAUCUUCGGCUGACUGGGGCACGGACCUGCACCUUGGUCAAGGCGUGGAUGUGGUGUGGCUCGGUCGCCACGGUCGGCGAUGGGAGUCCCUGUUGCCCACCAUCCGGGACGCCCUUGGCAGGUUGGAACCCCCUCAAGUGAUUGUGAUCCACUUGGGGGAAGAUGACCUGCCUGAAUUGACAGGCCUGGAGCUUUCUUCAAGGAUUAAAGCCAGCUUGUACGAGCUUAGGGAUUUACUCCCAGAUGUGAAACUUCUCUGGUCCCACCUUCUGCCACGGCUCCGUUGGAGUGGUGCCAGGGAACCCCUGAAAGUGGAUGAGGCACGCCGGAAGGCUUCCAAAGUGGCAGCUAGGGUGGUCCGGAUGCUCUGUGGAAGCGUGAUCCCGCACCCGCGCAUACGCCUCCAGGUGCCUGCGCUUUACAUGUCCGACGGUGUACACCUCUCGGAGCGAGGCAUGGAUCUGUGGCUUGGGGCCGUGUGGCAAGCAUUGAUGGAAUGGCUGGAUUUCCGGCGUGGCAACUAUGCGGUAUUUGAUUCACCCUGUUUACUGUUCCAGGAGGCAGAAGAGUCGUGUGUGGUGGUGAUUUCUAAUCUGCCCGAUGCAGGGUUAUCUCAGGAUGAAAUUUUCAACCUCACCAAGCCCUUCGGAGGACUGAAAGAUUUUUUAGUUCUGUCUUCGCAUAAAAAGGCAUACCUAGAAAUAAGUCAGAAAUCUGCUGACUCUUUUGUGAAGUUUUAUUCUUGCUUUCCCGUGUCUGUGGAAACAAAUAAGCUGUGCAUUGGUAUGGCAACUGAAUUCAAGGAUCUAAAAGAUGAGGAAGCUGUAUUUAUGGCUAUGAUUAAAGACUCCAAUCCAAAGGCAAACGUGGAAGCUCUUCAUGCCCAGUUUGUGCAUCUUGGCAAUUUGCCUGAUGUAGGGUACUCUGAACUUGAAAUACUGUGUGUCGGACUUCGGUUUGGACGGGUGGAUCACUAUGUGGUGAUGAGCAAUAAGAAAAAGGCAAUUCUUCAGUUGGAUAGUGCUGAGUCAGCUACAUCCAUGUGUCGCUUUCUAAAAAGAUACCCUUACUGUCUGGGGGACUCACAGCUGACGUUCUCACGAUCACCAAAGAUUGAACCUUCGCAAGCUGAAGCCACCAAAAAGGAAGUGAAGAAAGAAGAGCCAAGCAAAGAGAGCCCUGACUUGAAAAAAAAUCCCGAAGGAGCAGGAUUGGUGAGCGCGGCUUCCGUUGCUUCAACAAAGCCCACUGAGGCCAAGGAAGAGCCCCCUUCUCAGUGGAAAGCGGCGGUGGCAGAAGCGGAGACUGAACAUUCUGAGAAGACGGAAUCCGAAGCCCCGUCAGAGCCCUCAAAGACUGUCAUGUCGGAAGGUAAAGUGGCACCCGCGACUGACAAGCCGGUUGACUUGAGUUUGUCUGAAGUGAAGUCUGAAGAACCUUUGUCUUUGGCGUCCCAUGUCGAAAACGAGAAGGCUGCAGAGAAAUCUACUGCUGCAUUGCUGGGAAACGCAUCUGCUUCUCCAUCAGGGAUCAAAGAUGAAGAGUUACCUGGCCCUUCUGAUGAGCUUGCAGAAGCAUUGAAGGGCACAGCCAAAACGGGGGAGAGAAGACCAGGCCCUGCCAAGACAGAAGAAGCAGGCCCUGCUAAGACAGAGGAAGGAGCAGAGAUAGCUCCGGCCAUCUGUGAGUCACUGGCUCUGGACUUGACAGAAGCUCCCGUGGCGGAGCUGCCAAAGGGAGGCCUACAAUCAAGCACCACGCCGGUGUCUCCAGGAACAGAUCAGACUGAUGCAUCAAAAAAGCUCCCUGAAGUGUCUGUCCCUGAGGUGGGGGUGAAGAUAGAAACAGAGCCUGAGAAUCCCUCAUCCACAGUGGAAGGCCACAUGGAGGUGGAACCUGAGCCUGCUGAGCCUCAGACUACAGAAGUGGCAAAGGAAGAGCCUGAACUACGGGCAGACAAGUCUGAGGCAGCCUCAGAGAAGCAGCCUGAAGUGGUGACAUCAAAUAGUGACUCAACCCAGGUAGAGAAACUUGAAAAGAAGGCAGAAGAUGUCAGUCCUGAGCGGAGUUUGCCCAAGUCGCAGCCAAGCAAGGAACUGGGACAAGCCCCGCCUGACGAAUCCAGUAAAGCCAGUGUGCCUGCCACAGAUUCAUCGCCCAGUGCAGAAGCAAAUUAUGCUAGUAAAACCAUCUUAAAGGCUUUGAUGUCUGUUCCAAACGUAUCGAAGAAAAGAACUGCGACACGGAAGAAGGAGGAGCAGAAGCCCACCCCGAAGACAGGAACCCGGGGCGGCACCGUUGCCGAGAAGAAACCUGUGCCCAAAGAAGCGAGUCAGCAAAGGCCAACGAGCAGCAAGUCAAAUUUGGCAGCGAGCAAAUCUAAACCGCGGCUGAGUUCUUUUGUUGUUAAGGUAGGCAGUGGGAAGAGUUCGUCGCAGCAAGACAAGGACUCCCAAGUAGAAACAAAAGGUAGCUCAAAGCAGACUCAAGAGCAAGAAACUAGAUCAUCCACCGGGAAGCGUGACGGCAGCAAAGAAAAGGCGCCUGCUGGGAGAAAUACCAGAAGUUCCAACAUCUGCACAAGCCCAAAAGAGGAAGAUGAACUUUUCCCGUUUAACUUGGAUGAGUUUGUCACUGUGGAUGAAGUUACAGAUGAAGUGGACUCUCCCCCUCAGCCAAGGAGGAACCCUCCAAGGAGUAGGAGAAAGGACGCUUCCUGCGAGCCUAGCUCCAAGAGAAGGAAGGGCAAGACCUCUGUUGCUCAUGAAGAUGCCGAGAGGGAGCUUUCCUUCGUAACAUUAGACGAGAUCAGAGAAGAUGAAGGUGGCAUGACCCAAGCGGCAGAACAUUUGGAAGCCAUCCCAGAUCCCCAGGGGUUGGUCACAGUUGAUGAACUGAACGAUGAGGAAGAGUUCAUUUCCGAGGUGGCCCGGGAUCCACAGUCACUUGUUACUUUGGAUGAGAUCUCUGAGCAAGAAGACCCUGCCUCUACAAAAGAAGCCGGCAGUGAACCAGACCUUAAAGCGGAGCCCUUGGUAACAGUCGAUGAGAUUGGAGAAGUAGAGGAGUUAUCGCUGGAUGAGCCUUUGCCGUUUAAGACUGAGAGCUUCAGUGAGAGGCGAGAAGAGAAGCGGGUCCUUGAAGAUCCUGGAGAUCUCCUUUCUUCCCAGAUGCCAGAAGAUCCAAGCACUUUAGUCACAGUGGAUGAGAUCCAUGAGGAUGGAGAUGAUCAGCCUCUAGUGACUUUGGAUGAAGUAACGGAAGAAGACGAUGACUUCUUGCCAGACUUUAGUCAUCUGGACGGAGAGCUUAACUUUGUUACUGUAGAUGAAGUUGGUAGUGAGGAUGAAGAAGAAGAAAAAGAAGAAGAUGGAGAAGAAGAGGAAAGAGAAGAAGAAAAAGUUGCUGUUAAAAGUACAGAUAAGGAAGAAUUGGUUGCCACAACAGUCCCAGAAGAAGAAGCUGCAUCUACAGUUGUUGCACCAGUGGAGGAUUUACUGCCAGCUGCCAAGCAUGAAGAAACAGUAAUUCUUGAUGAUGCCUCACCAGGAGAGAAAGCAUGUCCUGGGCAGGAUCUCCCUGAAGAAAAUAAGGCGGCUGAGGUGGAGGCUUCUGAAAAGGAGAAUGAUGCUGCAGAAAUGGACAAGCAAGAAACUACCUUAGUAGAAGGUGAGAAGGAUGAAGAAGGGGAAGAUUUGGAGCAAACCAUCAAGGAAGAGACUGAAGCAGAAGCACACUGGGAUCACCCUUUGGCAGAAUCAACCUCGAAUCUGUCAGGCAACAAAGGAAGUGAUGCAGAGGAUAUUCAGCAACCUUCUGAGUCGGAGAGCCGUGAAGAGGACAUGGAGGGUAAAACAGUAGGAAUGGAUGUUGAGCAAUGUUCAGAAUCUGUUCUUCAUGAGGAGCAAACGGGGGAUAUGGUGACGCCUCCUCCAGCCCUGGAGGUUUCUGCUGAAGACAGCCAGACUUCGCUUGGUGAGGAUCCAAAGGCCAGAUCAGAACAAGAGGGCCAGGACCCAGACAGCAAAGAGGAGAACUGCGGAAAGACAACACCCUCACAGUCUUCUAAGAAGCACGAGAAAGAAUUGGCUGGGUCAGAAUGCAAAGCACAGGAGCCUGAACAGAAAGAGGUAGAUUCUUCAGAGAAAUCAAAGACCCCGCAUGACACGGAAGAUUUAGACUUCCUUGUCCCGAAAGCUGGCUUUUUCUGUCAGAUUUGUUCCUGCUUCUGUGUGGAUGAAGCAUCCAUGAAAACUCACUGCCAGUCUGCACUCCACCAGCAAAACAAGAAGAAGUUCAUGAGCAAGAAAGCAGAAGAGGAGAAAAAGGACAGUGAAGGCGAUGCUGCGAGGUGAUACCAAGACGCAAGUCGCCACAGAUAUUCUUUAGGGGACCAGUCAGGUCUGUGUAUUAUGUUCAGUUUCAUUUUGUCAACCUGCAGACUUUUGCGUUGUGUAAUAUACCUGUCUUAGUAUAGACAGUUAUUCAUUGUGUGCUGGUUUUUAGUAGCUGAAUGUAAUGGUCCUGGCAGUGUUUAAAUAAAUGUUCUUGCUCUGUAGCCAAAA